AUGUGCAAACCCAAACACUCCUACAAGAUUGCCACCAAGUGUGUCCCCAAAGCUCAGUGUGGUUGCGUGUACCAGGGUCACUAUGUGGAAGCUGGAGCCUCCUUCUGGGGUGAUGAGAGCUGCAUCACACGCUACACAUGUGCAGCAGGCGGGAAAUUGUCUUCCAGUCAGACUAGCUGUCCUGCUGGGCAGCAGUGCCAAGUGGUGGAGGGGAUCAGAGCUUGCUAUCCUGUCAACUACGCCACGUGUAUGGUAUCUGGCGACCCACACUUUGUGACCUUUGAUGGGGAGCGCUACAACUUCCAGGGCACUUGUGCAUAUGAGAUGGCGAGUGUCUCUUCAAAUAAAACAGGCCUGGAGCAUUUUAGUGUUGUGCUGCAGAAUAACGGUCAAGAUAAGAGAAUCGGGUCCGUUGUCAAAACGGUGGAGGUCAAAGUGUCCGGUUACACCAUAGUCAUCAGCAAAGAGCACCCUGGCGCUGUUGUGGUCAACGGUGAACUCUCCAACCUCCCUAUGACGCUGAACAGCAAUAAACUCCAUCUCUACAUGAGCGGCUGGUUUGCUGUCAUCGAGACAGAGUCCGGAGUUAAGGUGUACUACGACUGGAGCAGUGUAGCAGUCGUCACCGUUCCCAGCACGUACAAGGGCGCGAUGCAAGGUCUGUGUGGCAAUUACAACCUCAACCCCAAAGACGACAUGCAGAUAAGAGAUGGGAAACAAGCCACAUCUGCUGAGGCGCUCGGUCAGAGCUGGAAAGUCGCCACACUCCCCGGCUGCGUAGACGGCUGCAGCGGUCCCUGCCCCGGCUGCAACGCCACUCAGAAAGAAACCUACAACACCAACAGUUACUGUGGCCUCAUCAUCGAUCCUGCAGGCCCUUUCCGUGACUGCCACGCCAAAGUCGACCCCAGGGGUUUCCUCAAUGACUGCGUGUAUGAUGUCUGUCUUUACCAGGGUAGGGGCGACAUCCAGUGCAAGACUUUGACCGCUUACACAGCCGCCUGCCAGCUGAAAGGUGCCACACUGUACCCCUGGAGGUCCACUCAGCUCUGUGAUGCUCAGUGUCCAUCGAAUAGCCACUAUGAGCUCUGUGGCAACGACUGUCUCAAGUCAUGUCAGAAAGACUCAAACUGUGGAGUUCAGUGCAUGGAAGGAUGUGUUUGUAAUGAGGGUUACCUGCUCAGCGGAGACAAAUGUGUGCCUGCCGACCAGUGUGGCUGCACAUACGAGGGCAAAUACUACCAGCAUGGACAGGUCUUCUACCCUGAUGCCCUUUGCCAGAAGGAAUGCAACUGUAACGGCACAGUGCAGUGUAAGCAGUCCUCUUGUGGUCCAAAUGAAAAGUGUGAGGUGAAGAAUGACGUUAGAUCAUGUCAGCCUCUGAAAAAAGGAAUGUGCUCCAUUUCUGGAGAUCCACAUUACAAGACCUUUGACAACUUCCCAUAUGAUUUCCAAGGCACCUGCACCUACGUAGCUGCUGAAAGCUGCCAUCUGAGUGGCACACAGCUCACCAAGUUCUCUGUGGCCGUGGAGAAUGACAAGUGGUACGGGAUGUCUGACAAUCCGCAGGUGUCAGUGACAAAACUUGUAGCGGUGGAAGUUUACGGAAUGGUCUUGAUCCUUCGCAACAACGACAUUAAUUUGAUUUGGAUAAAUGGAGUCCUACAUUCCAUCCCAAUAAUCCUCAACAAGGGUGCAGUGAUGGUUUAUCAAGAGGGGAUGAAUGAAGUCAUUGUGACAGACUUUGGUCUGAGGGUCACAUAUGAUCUGAUCUACCACGUCACUAUCACUGUCCCUGGAAACUACAAUGGCAGAACCUGUGGUCUGUGUGGUAAUUUUAACAAUGACAAAGGAGAUGAUUUCCAACUGCCGGAUGGAAACCUGACAAAGGAAGCCCGGGCCUUUGGUGCAGCAUGGAAAGUCCCUGUGCCCGGCGCAAUCUGCGAAGACGGCUGCAAUGGGGAAGAGUGCCCCAAAUGUGAUUCUUCUAAAAAAGCUGCGAUAGAGGCAAAAUGCUCACUUAUCACCAAUCCCAAAGGCCCAUUUGCUGCUUGCCAUGAUACAAUUCUGCCCUCUUCCUACUUCAGAGAUUGUGUCUAUGAUGUCUGCAUAGCUAAAGAUGAGCAAAGCAUGCUGUGUCAAAGUAUUGCUGCAUAUAUGUCAGACUGCCAACAUUUUGGCGCAAAGAUUGAGAACUGGAGAAAUGCUUCUUUCUGCCCUUUUACAUGCAAGUCUGGCAGCCAUUAUGAUACCUGUGCACUGCCUUGCAUGUCUCCAUGUCCUGGUCUUGCUGAUAACCUUGCAUGCACAACAACUUGCGCUGAGGGCUGUGUCUGUGAUAAAGGCUACUACUACAAUGGAACUGGCUGUGUGCCUGCUGAUCAGUGCAGUUGCUAUUACAAUGGCCAAACCUAUAAGAUUGGGGAGUCUGUUAUAACUGAUGACUGUCACAAGAUUCACACAUGCCAGGCCUCUGGAUUGAUUCUGUCCGAAAACAUGUCAUGUGAACCCAACGAGAGCUGCCUGGUCAAGAACGGCAUCAUGGGCUGUCACAUUCAGCAAUGCUUUUUGGGCGCCAAUGGGACCCUUACUCCAUUUAAUGGUGAAGGUGGUACCGUCACAUUGCCAGGAGCCUAUGAGAUUAUAAAGAGUUGCGACGCCUCUCAGACGGCCAACUGGUUCAGGGUGGUGGCGAGGUUGGACACGUGCACUCCUGGGGUCAACACCAUUCUGGCUGUGAAUGUGUUCUUCAGUGCAGUCAUGGUCACUGUCGACCGCAACCAUGACAUUUUUGUAAAUGGUAGACCAAUGACUCAAACCACUUUCUCCCAGAACGGUGUAAACGUGCUGGUUUCUGACAAUACGGUGAGAAUCAACAGCCCUUUCACCAUUCAGGUGUCUUUUAGCGCAACUAAUGAACUCGCCAUAAGUGUCAGUGCCAACGUAGCGGACAUGGUAUGUGGGGCAUGUGGGCCGGUCAGGCCUACUGUCACAACUAUACGAGAUCUGAGAGAGCAACUGCUGGUCUCUCUUCUCGGGCCGACUAACACCUUUGCAGCACUGAACAUUGGGCAGUGGACGGCUCCUGAUUUCCCUUCAUGUGGUUCAUAAAUUUCAGUCCUGCCAACUUUUUUCACCACUGCAUUGAUCAACAUCCUUCAGCAUUAACCAGACUGACAGCACCGCUGAUUCAUGAAAUAAUUGUAUUUAUAGAAGGAAUCCCAUAUUCAUGAUGUAAAUCCCAUUCCUUGCUAUGUUUCUAAUGUCAAAAUUCUGAAAAAAAUAUGUGCUUGUCUUGUCGAACAUCUGUAAUAAAACAGUUUCU